AGAGUUUUCGCCAGAGUGGAAAAAACCAUGCCGGAAAACAACAAAUGGGACCUUUUUAUAGGUCUCUUUAUUGACAAGAAGGAUAUCUUUAAGCGUGAGAUAUUGGUGUAUCAGAGUGAACUCAUAACUGUCCAGCAAUUGUAUCAAGUUCCUGUGGUUCGACAACUAUUUUCCCGAUGGAUCCAAUCACUGGCAGUCAGUAACAAACGCAAUGAGGAUCAGAGCAAGAUGUUCCGGGAGCGCGGGAAUGAGCUGUACAAGAGCAAACCACCCAAGUACAAGGAGGCAAUUGAAUUCUAUACUAAAGCCAUCUACCAUGCACCCAGCAACAGUGUCGAAUUAGCCCUGGCACACGCCAAUCGUGCAGUAGCUCUCAUGGCUGUUAAAUAUUUUCAGGAGGCCUACGAUGACUGCGAGAUGGCAGUGAAAUUUUCCUAUCCCAAGGAGAAUAUUCUCAAGGUGCUGUUCAGGCUGGCGGCAUGUUCAGCUGAAUUGAGAGAUAGGAAUCUACUGCAGAAAGAUAUCAAAUCCAUUGAGAAUGAACUGAAAAAUCACAAAAAUCACAAUCCACACAUCAAAAAAUUGAUGGAGUACAAAACUAAGUUGCAGGAUCUGAAGAAAUUUGUCGAGGAAUUCAAGCAACAGCAAAAACUGCCAUCGAAGAAUAUUGUUGAGAAGUACACGGAUGAGCAGGGACGGUACAUGACGGCGGGUGAGAAAAUAAAGCGCGACGAUGUGAUCAUGAGCGAAAGAGCCUUUGCCUUUGUGCCUGUCUAUGAGAACUAUCCGGACGACACGAUCGACACCGACUGCCAGAACUGUGCCAAAGUCAAUAUCGUCUCCUUUCCGUGCUAUGAAUGCUACAAGGCCACCUAUUGUUCCACAAAGUGUCGCAAAGAUCACGAAGCCAUCCACAGUGUUGAGUGUUUUGGGUACAAGAGGAAUCUAUGGUACUACAUUGGCAUUGCCCAUUUGUCUGUGCGAACCUUCCUCUCGGGCUUCCCGGAAUUGGUGGAGCGCCUGGAGAAUGACACCACCAUCACCACUUUGCCCGAGUUGUGGCGAAAAACACUCGAUCUGUGCAAUGAUGAGAGCUUCCGGUAUGGGCGUGUCUUACGCCUCGUGAGCAACUUUGAGAAGAUGAGUGAAUCCACAGAUUUCAUCCGAUACUCCCUAACAGCCACAAUGCUCACGGUCUAUCUGCGGGAGAAUACCAAGUUCUUCGAUCAACUGCCUCCGGUUUGUGAGAAGAUCUUAGAGAAUCGCUACAAUUGGGAGAUUUUUGUGGGAUCACUUAUAAUGCUCCAUAUGGGGCAAUUGGUGAGCAAUGGACACUCAAUUACAGACCUUCGGACAACGCUGGCAUCAGAAAUCGACUGCCUGGACUCUCACAAUAUGAUGGUUAAGGUGGGAAAGUUGCACUGCUAUGUGAGGAGCACGAGGAUCUUUACGGGGAUCUUUCCACGCAUUAGUAUGCUCAAUCACUCGUGCAAUCCCAAUGUAAGAAACAACUUUGACCGGGAUCAGCUGACACUCAGUGCCACCAGGCCAAUUGCCAAGGAAGCGGAAAUCUUCAAUUGCUAUGGACCUAGCUUCAAGCUUAUGAGUACUGUGGACAGGAGGAAGGGUCUCCGGGAGCAGUACUGCUUCGAGUGCUCGUGCGAAAAGUGCAUUCAAGAGCCUGAGGAUCGGUCAUAUCACCAGUACUACAUUUGCGAAAAGUGCAAAAACAAAAUCUACAUUGACGAGUCGAAGAAUUUUUGGUGGCGAAAUCUCGAGCUGAAGCCCAAGAUUGACUGUGAAUCGUGUGGGCUGAGGGUGAACUUCAGUUGGUUCAAGCUAUUUAUGUCACAUCUGGGGGAAAUUGAGUCAGAGGGCAAAGUUAGCAAUUCCUUUGGGAAAGUCUGUGACAUUUAUGCGUUAACGGAUAAGACUAUGGGCAUCCACAAUGAACUGAGACAAGAUGUAGGCAUCAUGAUUCUCUGUCACUUUAUACCUUUCCUCAGUUCCUAUGUCUCUUUCAAUGAGAAACUCAUGCAAAUUGCCACGGAAUUGCUGAAGCUGAGAGAGGAGAAAUUUGGGAUAUACAGCAUAGAAUUUAUCAUUGCCAGCACUUACCUCCUUGAUCUUAUGGCAUUGCAGAGGAAGCUAAAUCUCAAGACAAAUACUGACUACAGUGUCAGUCAUAUUCGAAAGGCAUUUCAGAUCCUGUCCAAGGACACACAAGCCAUUCUCAACAGCUACAUCAACUGCAACAUUGUGAACUGCACUAGUGACAAGUGACUUCGAGUCUCGAGAGAAGUAUCCUGAGCACAAAUGUGAGCAACAUUUUUCCAAUAUCCAGUUUCAGUUUUUUUUUUAAAUCUACUCUCCUCUAUCUUGACAUACCUUCUUAUCACUUUCCCAUCAAUACUAAAAAUCCCUUUUGGGGAGUGAUUUGUAGAGGGAUUUCUCGGCUUCAUUUUAAAAGUGUUGCUACAGCAGAAAAAAAAGAUAUAUAAAAACAAUUAAUUUGUAAAAAGUCAAUUUGAUUCUUUUGAUAAAAAAUCAUGUGCUGAAUGUAAAAA